AACUCCAUUAAUUAACGGUAGAGAAUAAAACGCUUAAAAAAAUGCGACAUUUUAAUUAAAAAGCAAUUAAUAAACUUAUUUUGUUUAUUUAUUUGACUACUUUAUUUAUUUCCCGAUACAAAAACAAAAGUUUCGGAUUCUUCCCAGUUUUCUUCUCGUUCUAUCUGAUUCAAUUCCCAACGCCAAACCCAAAGUUUGAGCUCCAUCAAUGGCGGUCACACGCGAAGACAAUGUUUACAUGGCCAAACUGGCCGAACAGGCCGAGCGUUACGACGAGAUGGCUGAUUUCAUGAAAAAGCUCGUCACCGGAGAUCUCGAUGUCGGCGAGCUCACAGUCGAGGAGCGCAACCUCUUCUCCGUCGCUUACAAGAACAUGGUCGGAGCUCGCCGCGCCUCGUGGCGGAUCGUCUCCUCCAUUGAGCAGAAGGAGGAGACUCGCGGCAAUGCCGAACACGUGUCCACCAUUAAGGACUACAGGUCCAAGAUCGAGAACGAGCUCGCCUCCAUAUGCGGCGACAUUCUGGAUCUGCUCGAGAAGAAGCUCGUUCCUUCCGCUACCGCCGCUGAAUCCAAGGUCUUUUACCUGAAAAUGAAGGGUGAUUAUCACAGGUACCUCGCUGAAUUCCAAAAUGGUUCCGAUCGAAAGGAGGCCGCCGAGAAUACCCUCUCUGCCUACAAGGCCGCUCAGGACAUUGCAACUACUGAACUUCCCCCAACUCAUCCCAUCCGCCUAGGAUUGGCACUCAACUUCUCUGUAUUUUACUAUGAGAUCUUGAAUUCUCCUGAUCGGGCUUGCACUCUUGCAAAGCAGGCUUUUGACGAUGCAAUAGCCGAGCUGGAUACAUUAGGUGAGGAAUCCUACAAGGAUAGCACUUUGAUAAUGCAGCUUCUUCGUGAUAAUCUCACUUUGUGGACCUCAGACAUGCAGGAUGAGGGCACAGAUGAGAUUAAAGAAGCACCUAAGCCAGACGGUGAGCAAUAGUGGACCUCUGCAUAGGAGUAUUCUGCUUCUCCUUUGUUUCAUUUUGGAGAAGUGGCUUGGUCCUAACAAUCUAUGACUAGUUUCUAGGAUUUUAUUUAUCGUUGUAUGCAUUUAGGGGCUUUGCCUUGUACUUGAGCCUAGAUGUGCUAGCUCAAGUAGAAUUAAACUCUUUCAGAUUGUUGGCAUGAAUGGCUGCAAAAAGUGUUGUUCAAGCUAUAUUUCUUUAGCUUAUCAAUAAUAUUAGGAGUUUUAAUUUUUUUUUUGUAAUGAAAUGGUGAUUCAGAUCAUUUUAUUUGUUGAAUGAAUUAUCCGGGAUUUUAUGUUUA